AUGGUCAACCUACUCUCUGCCUUCUUCCACCAAGCUGACCUUGCCCUUGCUGCGGCGGAGUACCUCAACUGGACUACGUACAGCGCCAAUGAAGUUAACCUAGGCGGAUGGCUUGAGCAAGAAAGCACUAUUGAUACUACUUGGUGGGCCGAAUAUUCCAAAGGCGCGGACGACGAAUGGAGCCUUUGUGUACACCAAGGCUCUCAGUGUGGUCCCGUUUUGGAGAGAAGAUAUGCGACCUAUAUCACAACCUCGGAUAUUGAUAAUGUAGUAUACGCCGGCGUAAACCUUUUGCGCAUCCCCACCACGUAUGCCUCUUGGGUCAAAGUGCCCGGGUCACAACUGUAUUCAAGGGACCAGGUUUCGUUUCUGAACAACAUUGAGACAUACGCCAUCCUUAAGCAUUCCAUGCAUGUCAUCAUUGAUGUACACUCAUUACCCAGUGGAGUAAAUGGUAUGGCAAUUGGAGAGGCAACGGGACAUUAUGGAUGGUUCAACAACCAGACAGCGUUGAAUUAUUCUCUUCAGGCGAUUGACUCCGUCACCACCUAUAUUCAGAAUUCAAACCAUCCGGAGUCCUUUACCAUUUCACCCAUCGACGAACCUGUGGACAACACAGAUUUGUCAGCAUUUGGCAGUGCAUCUUGGGUUCUGAAAUACAUUCAGGCAGUACUGGACAGGGUCGGGAAAGUCAACCCGAAUAUACCGGUCAUGUUUCAAGGUAGCUUCCGAGGCGAAGAGUACUGGUCAUCGAAAUUCUCUCCAUCCGCUAACCUGGUCUUCGAUGUGCAUAACUAUUACUUUGCUGGCCGAGGAGCAACAGGCCAGAACAUUACCACAUACAUCUGUGCCGAUGCAGAAGAUGGAGCGGAGGAAGCUCUCAACACCGGACUUUAUGCUUUCGCAAAAUACUCUCAAGGAAGCGCCUAUUAUACUGCCGCCAAGUUUUCGGGAAAUGCAACCGUCGACGGUCAAGGUACACAGGCGGACUACUGGAAUUACAUGACCUGGAUCAAUAACGACAUGAUUCAUCCGGAUAAAGCUUCUGAGAUGUGCGCAUAG